UUAAUAACUGUUUGUCUGUGUGUCGACCAAAACGAUUCAACACAAACUCAGGAAUUGAAAUCAAAUGAACGGCGGAAUCUUAUAAGGGAUGGUAUUAUUCCCGAUGUUAUCGAUACGAUUCCCAAAUACAAGAUAACAAUAAAGUUUCGGUCGGGAGUCGAGGCUAACUUCGGCAAUGAAUUAACACCGACUCAGGUCAAAGACAAGCCAACUGUGAGUUGGCCAUCAAAAAGGGAUGUCUACUACACUCUUGUUAUGACAGAUCCAGAUGCACCCACCCGUUCCAAUCCCAUUAAUGGUCAAUACAGACACUGGUUAGUCAUUAAUAUUGCCGGUUUAGAUGUGGCCAAUGGUCAGAUUUUGACCGAUUUCAUUGGAUCUGCACCACGAAAAAAUACUGGUCUACAUCGUUACGUUUUUCUAGUAUAUAGACAGCCAAAACUGAUUGAACACCCGGUGUCCAGAUCUGAUUUAGCCAAACGAUCCAAAUUUAAAAUCAGAGACUUUGCUAAGGAUAACAAUUUAGGCCAACCCAUUGCAGUCAACUAUUAUAUGGCACAAUGGGAUGGAAAGUUGGGCUAA